AUGGUGGGCGUGCUGAAGAAGACCACUGGCUUUGUGGUAUUGGAUGUAUGUGAGAGGCCACAUGAGAGGCCAGAUGUUAAAAAAAAAAUUAGAAGACCACUUCAAGGUGGCCAAAUAGAAGAGGUGAUUCUUCAGGCUGAAGAUGAAUUAAGUCUGGCAAGAAAAAUGAUACAAUGGAAGCCGUGGGAGCGUUUAGUGGAAGAGCCUCCUGCCAACCUAUAG